AUGCGCUUCGCGGAAAUCGCAGCCCGGAGCCUGCUCGCAGGUGUCGCGCUGCCGCAGCUGCCCUUCGACGAGAUCCCAGUCCACGAGGUGUCAGCCAACCCCAACCGGCUGCUCAUGCGCCAGUCGUCCUGCGGCCCGGGUAAGGCGAUCUGUGGCGAUGGGUGCAUGCCUAGCGGGGGCGUGUGCUGCGCCAGCCUCGGACGGGAGUCUUAUUGCGACUCAGGCUACUACUGCAUGGUCGGGAGCGGGUGCUGUCCGGAAGGCGAAACAUGCUCGGGCAUCGCUGACGAUUGUCCUGCCGGCAAGGAGCUCUGCAACACCGGCUGCAUGCCCCGAGGCUCCGUAUGCUGCCCGGAUGGCGGAUACUGUGAGGCAGGCUAUCGUGACACGUGCGCCCGAACCGGCAGCGGUGGCGGUUCAGGGGGUGGUGGCAGCGGUGGAGGAGGAGGGGGAGGAGGCAGCAGUGGAUGUGGCGCUGGGAACGUAACCUGCGACUCCAACUACUGCAUCCCGUCUGACGGCGUGUGCUGUGGUGAUGGAGAUGGCGGGUGGUGCAGAGACGGAUACUACUGCACAGCGAACGCCUGCUGCCGUAACGGGCGGACCUGCUCAGGCAGUGGUGGCUCGGGUGGCGGUUCAGGGGGUGGUGGUUCCGGAGGUACCACAGUAACAGACGACGACACCACGACGACGCGUAGCACGUCCUCUCCUCCCUUCGCCGCCACUCGACAGAGCACGACGAGGACGACGACGACAGAGGAUGACGAUGGUGGUAAUGCGCUGUUCCCUACCUCUACCGACUCAACCUCCAGCACGCCGACGGAAACAGCCGAGACUACCUCGACUUCGUCGAGCUCUACAGGGGCGGAGUCGAGUCCGUCAACUACGCUAGCUGGUGGCCCGUUCACCCAGGCUGCCGCCGGAUUGUCUGUGUCAGGGUGCUUGGUGGUUGGUGUUGCUGCCCUGAUGGCGAUAAUGAUGGUGUAA